AAUAUACAUAUACAAGGUGUUGAAAUCCCUAAACUGACAGAUAAUUGUUUAUUAUAUUUACAAAAUAUUCUUACAGCAAGUACUUGGAGACACAAUAAUCGUUUCACAGCCAACUGUAUCAAGAAUAGUAUUUCGAGUGUCUGUACUUCUAGCAAGGCUUUUGAAGCAAUUUAUAAAGAUGCCUCUUACACCAGAUGCGACAAGAGAAAAUCAAAGGCUUUUUAAAGAUAUAGGACGUGGUGAUGGAGGCAUUGGGUUACCUGGUAUUGAAGGAGCGAUUGAUUGCACACAUGUGCGUUUAGUUCAUACUAGGUUUCAAAACAUUGACGAAAUAUAUAGAAAUCGAAAGGGAUACUUUUCAUUGAAUGUACAAGCUGUUAUUGGACCCAGAACAGAAUUUUUAGAUAUUGUCUCAGAAUGGCCAGGAAGCCAGCAUGAUAGUAGAAUUUUCCAAAAUUCUAGAAUAUAUAUGAAAUACGUUGAACGUCAAUUAUCAGGCAUUUUAGUAGGAGAUGCGGGAUAUGCCUGUUUACCAUUCCUUUUAACUCCUAUUCAGAAUCCACAAACAGAUGAAGAAAUCACGUUAGUAUUAUAUCUUUAAUUUUGUUAUCCAUUUAUUGUCUAUAAAAACCUAAUAAUUAAAUUAAAAAUAUAUUUUUUAUUACAGUUAUAAUAUACUUCACAGAAGAACACGAAUAAUUGUUGAAAGGACAUUUGGAAUAUGGAAGCGUAGAUUUCCGUGUUUGUCUAGAGGAUUGAGCAACAAAUUAAUAUGUUCAACUACAAUUGUAGUUGCUUGUGCUGUGCUACAUAAUCUUUCAUUAAUUUUUAAUGAUGUAUUACCAGAAGAAGAAGUAUUUGAAGAAGUUAAUGAAAUGGAAGAAGUACCAGUUGAUGCACCACAUUGGGAACCAGGAGAAGGUUUUGUGAUGCGAGCAGAACUGAUUGAAAGACUAUUUAGAUAAUAUUGAUUAUGGAUAAUGUAAUG